UGCCCCACUAUUAAUUGCAUUUCAGUACCUCAUGAGCGUUAUAAUUGAUAGGUCAAGUGGAAUGGAGUUUCAUGGAAUUGUGACUGUUUAACUGCCAUGGUAGGUUCACAUUGUUUUUAGCGAAAUCAAUUCAGCGCGGCAGGAAAUUUGGGAUUUUCGCAGCAAGUUAACGUAGGCACAGCCGUCAUACGCCGCGUUUGUAUGGCACUCGCAGGCCUCCCGGAGUGAACGACGACGAGCGCGGUCAAACUCAUUCCCUUUGACUUAUGAGCGUUUAUCUGUCAAAACGAAAUUUUCAAGAGCUGAUUUGACAUUCCGUCGCAAUGCUUUUAAGUUACAACGCGAGGGCAAUCAAAAACUGACAUAACGUUCGCGGUUAGACGCAAACCUCAAACGGUGCACGGUCACUCACUCAAGCAGCAAACACAAUUACAAUGCGUGCGGAAUGCGCACGAGAGAACCUACGGACCGCACGCAGUUUCAAUGAACAAUGGAGGUUUCAGGUCGGCAAGGUUUGUUCUAAUGACAGAUCAACAGAUGCAAAUGGCAGCGCUUUUCGUUUUCGGCUGCUACUUUUGAUUGUAGUUAAUUGGAAUAAUUCCGUUUUGUGGACUGUGGAAGGCACUAUUUGAGUUGCAUGUACUAAUUAUUAAUGUCACUUGCAUUAGCCCCGUCGCUUCCAUUCAUAGAUAUUAAAUUUAAGCCGGAGGUCAGUGCACUCUUAGAGGCAUCAAUUGCAUGGUUUUAAUAAUAUAUGCACGCAAUUCGAUUGUCCACGCACAAAAUCACGGCAUUGCACAUAAUCUUCAAGUUUAUGCAUCUUAUUUUAUGUUAUAAAAUUCAUACAAUUAAUACCUCUAAGUGUGCACAUACCUCCAGCUAAAAUUAAAUUUUUAUGAAUAAAAGCGACGGGACUAAUGCAAGUGACAUUAAUUGUUAGUAUUUGCAACUCCAAUAGUGCCUUCCACAGUUUUCACUUCUUGCGUGCCGCAUUGCACAUCGGACUUGUUGUAUAUUGCUUCAUACAACGGGGAAACACAAUUAAGUUGCGCGCGUAAUUUGCACGAGAGAAGCUAAGAUCCGCACGCAGUUUCAAUGUACGAUCAAGAUUUCAGGUCGUUCUGACGACAGAUUACUCCAUUUGCAAUUUGGCGGCGCUUUUCGUUUUCCGUUGUUAUUUUUGAAUUUAAUCAAUUUGAAUGAAUUCGUUUUGAGUCCUGUCGCUUCCAUUCAUAAAAAUUGAAUUUAAGCCUAAUGUAUUGGUAAAGUCUGGGAGAGAUGAAACCGUAGAAGUGGUUGUAAUUUCAAAGAAUCUCAACUCGAAAUUUCCUUCUGAAACUAGUGCUAAAAGCACUUUGGAAAUGCCUUGAUAAUUAAACACUUGCAAUACCCUCAGACCCGCUCCAUUCGGAAGUGUACAUGGGACACAAAUGGAACGGUAUCGACCGGUAGAAGGAGGUUUCGUAGCCCAAUGCACAGAUGGCGCUACUGGUAUUAAAUUCAGGUCAAAUCCUGGAGGAACGAAGAAUGUAUGACAUGUGGACAUUGAAAAUACCUACCGACACCUGUAUUACUUUGAAUACCAAAACUGAUAGUGUACGUGAAAUAGUUGGAGAAAAUUUUGCAAAUGUUGACCAGCCAUUAUCAUCACCUACUCUACCCGAAAGAAAGAAAAGGAAGACCACAUCUAUCGCGAACGAGGAUUUUAAAAAACGGAAUGAAUUGCCUCAAAUGGCGUGUGAACAGAUGAAAACUUCAAAUGACGAGGUGGAGGUUCUAGCCAAACAUUCGGCUUUCGAAUUUAGGAAUUUAGCAACCGAUCAACAAAUAUAUGCAAAGAAAGCAAUAAACGACAUUUUAUACGAAGGUCGUUUAGGAACUUUGCAUCGAAAUUCUAUUUCCAUAAAUAAACCACACACACGCCCGACUUCUUCGACCUCAUCUUUUGCGUUAUUUUUGCCAUACCCGGAGGUACCCCCUCCAUACCAGCAAACAUCAUCGCAACAUUCAGAAUCAGUUAAUCAGUGUUUACAUGAUUACGAAACUUACGCAAAAGCAACACAACUUUUAUCUGAUCCUCAAUUUAAAGAAUAGAAAUUCUCUUUACUUUGUGUUUAU